AUAGGCGCGUUUUACGUGCUUGCGACAUGAUGACGCGCCGCUCAAUGCGGAUGUAAACAAGCCGCUGGGUUCACGUGGAGAAAAUAGUCAGAAUGGCACCGAUUGUGGAGCGUUUUGUCAGUCCAGGGAAAGGUAACGGACUCCGGGCCACAGCCAGGAUCAGCAGAGGCCAGCUGGUUUACUCCGACCGUCCGCUGGCGUGCUGCGUGUCCAACAAACACUCCAAGGAGGUCUGUCACCACUGCUUCUCACGACGUGAAACCUUGCUGCGGUGUUCUCAGUGCAAAAUGGCUCGCUACUGCGAUGCAACUUGCCAGAAACAAGCGUGGUCUGGCCAUAAGAGAGAGUGUAAAUGUCUGUGCAUCCUCCUGCCAAGACUUCCCACAGACUCGGUCCGUCUGGCUGCAAGACUCAUCUUUGCCCUGUUAAGUCCUAGGAGCUGCAGCAGUGAGCUCUACUCUUUGGAUGAGCAUGAAUCACACCUGGAUUUGAUGUCUGAGCAGAAGAAGGAGGGUUUAUGUCAGCUGGCAUCCAUGUUGGAGCUGUAUAUUCAUCAUGAAGUUUCUAAUCUGACAGAGGAAGUGACAUCAGCCCUCCCGCCUUCCUGUCGAGAUGCCCUCAGCCUAAUUGCAAAGGUGACAUGUAAUUGUUUCACCAUCAGUGACGGGGAGCUGCAGGAGAUUGGAGUGGGGCUGUAUCCAAGUUUAUCUCUAUUAAACCAUGACUGUAGGCCCAACUGUGUGAUGGUGUUUGAAGGAACAGAGCUGCAGCUCAGAGCCAUCCAGGAUAUCUGCCCUGGAGACGAGCUGACUAUAAGUUACAUCGAGACGUUGUCCCUGACGGAAGAUCGACAGAAACAGCUGGAAGACCAGUACCAUUUUUUAUGCCACUGUCAGCGAUGUGAGUCAUCAGAAGAGGAUGGGCUCAUGCUGUCGGGGGAAGGAGAGAAAUGCCGGCUGUUGAAGGAGGCUCUGCCGAGACUGGAAGGACUAAAAGCAGAGUCCAAUUGGGAGGAGAUGUUGGAGGGUUGUAGUCAUCUGUUGUCAGCUGUUAAGGGUGAUGUCCCUGAUGAGAACCUCUACAUGCUGAGGAUUACAGACAUGGCUCUAGACGCGUCUGUUCACUUGGGACGCUGGGAGGAGGCUUUGAGAUACGGCGUGAGGACUCUUCCAGCGUACAGCCGGUACUACCCUGAUCCACAUCCUGUUCAUGGAGUUCAGCUGAUGAGAGUUGGAAAGCUGCAGCAUCACCUUGAAUGCAUGGAGGAUGCCUUGGACACGUUUAAACAGGCUUUUACAAUCAUGAAGCUCACUCACGGUGAAGAUCACCCCAUGACUACUGACCUACGAAUGAAGAUGGAGGAAUGUCGCAGUGAGCUUGACUACAAGUCAUCCAGCAAACACUGAGACAAAUAAUGAACAGACAAUAAAAUCAAACGUGUGGGAAAAAAAGAUAAUUAAUCAAACUCUGGGUUACUUAUUUGGUUUAAGAAUUGUUGCAACGUGGAUAGGCGGGGUGGACUGGCCGUCUGGCAUACCGGACAUGUCCCAGUGGGCUGUUUACCCAAUGUGGACCGGUUUGGUCAAGCAAACCCCACCCACACCCACACCCCAGUGACGGACGACUCCUUACUGUUUUCAUGUUGCAAUAAUUCAAAAAAUAAACAGAGAUGAAGUAAAGCAAGUACUUUGUUUUAUUUUUAACAUUUUUAGGUGGUUUAUUUUAUAAUUAUGCACCCAAAAUCUCAUAAAUUGACCCAAUCACAGAUGCUUUGACUGCAAACAUGGCAGAACUUCUUUGGCUGCUAAAACAAAGUUAUAGUACUGAUGAGUAAAUCCUUUUAAUGGUCAUGAGUAGGAAAAGGGUGGAAUGCCUUCUCCUGGUCAGGGAUGAGGUCCUGCCCCAAGUGGAGGAAGUUAAGUAACUCAAGGUCUUGUCCACGAGUGAGGGAAAACUGGAGCGUGAGAUCGAUAAGCGGAUUGGUGCUGCGUCUGCAGUGAUGCGGGCAUUGUACCGAUCUGUCGUGGUGAAGAGAGAGCUGAGCCAGAAGGCGAAGCUCUAAAUUUACCAGUCGAUCUACGUUCCUACCCUCACCUGUGGUCACAAGCUUUGGGUAGUGACCGAAGGAACGAGAUCGCGGAUACAAGCGGCAGAAAUGAGUUUUCUCCGCAGAGUGGCUGGGCUCUCCCUUAGAGAUAGGAUGAGAAGCUUUGUUUACUCGGGGAGGGGCUCAGAGUAAACCUUCUGCUCCUCCACAUUGAGAGGAACCAGUUGAGGUGGCUCGGGCAUCUAGUUAGAAUGUGUCCUGGACACCUCCCUGGUGAGGUUUUCUGGGCACAUCCUGCAGGGAGGAGACCUAAAGGUAGACCUAGGACACGCUAGAGGGACUAUGUCUCACUGCUGACCAGGGAACGCCUUGGGAUACUCCCGGAUGAGCUGGCCCAGGUGGCUGGGGAGAGGGAAGUCUGGGUCUCCCUGCUUAGGCUGCUGCCCCUGCGACCUGACCCUGGAUAAGCGGCCGAAAAUGGAUGGAUGGUGAUGCAAAAGGUGUCCAACAUCCAAAAAGGUGAACCCCCAACAGGAAAGCAUUACCGUUGAAAUUUUUCAUUUAUCAAUAGAACAAAUUUCAGCUGUUUUCUACAGAGUGUGAAGUUCUAGAACAUAAAGGCAGGGUUAUAAUUAAUCAUGACCAGGGAUGUCGUGUCACUAGUGUCUAUUAGACGACGCUGCACAGAACAAUUCAAAUGUUUAGAGAGCUAUAUGGUUAUAUGGUUAUGGUUAUAUUUGCAUUAAAUUUAAAUGAAAUGUGAAAGAAAGGAUUAAUAGUGUCCCAGUAAAGGAAGUGUCCAUUUGUUUUUAGUGAUAAGGCUCACCAGGAAAAGAUCAGCAAACACAUCGACCGCAGCUUUGUUUUGUUUACAUAUUUUCUGGUUUUCCUCUCAGAACUUUCCAGAGGCUCCAGGAUCGUCAUACCCCUCUCACGGCAGAGUUCCUGAGAUAUAUCAGAUGAAGUUUUUCACUAAAACGUAAAAGCAAAACACGAUAUUGUGAGUGCUAAGUAAGUGUUGUUGACAGCUUGUUUUGACAGACUGACAUUGUGGUUGUGGUAUUUCUGCAGCCUGGGUUUGAUGUGCAGUCUGCUUGUCCCUCGUUCUGUCAUAUGACAGGGGGGUCCACGGUGUGAACCCCCCCCCCCCCCCCCCCAAUCUCCUGAGUGAUCUGUGGAUUCACUCAUGAUGAGAGAUCUCAGGUGCCAGGGCUUUAUGUGAGUGUGUGCAUGAAUGUGUUUGUUCUGGUUCAGUAAUACAUCCAUUGUCCUCUGAGUGUGAGUGUGUACGUCACAUACACUUCCCUUGUUAAUCCCUGCUUUUGGUGUACCUCUGUUAGUGUGAGGCUGGAGUUUGUCUCCGAUAAAAUGUGUCUCACACACGUUCCGACACAUCCCACGUUAAUCCCUGAAUGUGUCCAUUUGCAAACUGAUGACAGCAUCUCCUGUAUGAGAGAGGACCCUAACCUUGUAUGUGUGUGUGUGUCACACAAAUUUUAGAAUGUGUCUCAUGUUUCCAGAACAAUUUUUGUUCAAUAUAAAAUAUAUUUUACAGAGUAUUUAGUUUGAUUAAUGGAAAUUGAAGACUUAAGUCUGAAAAGUUUGUUUUUGGAAUCUUUUGUCUUUUUUACUUGUUUUUAGUUCUUAGAACAUUAUGUUCAGGUUUUAGGAAGGUGACCUAGCUUAAUGAGCUUAGCUCAGUUCACUGAGCAGUAACACUGUUUUCUGAUGCAACAUUUUCACUCCUAAAUGUGUCCUUUUCAACUUUUUUUCUGAAUAUUUUUAGUAUCUUUUAGGCAUGUGUUUAAAUCACGUCAGAUUCAAGUUUAGGCUAAAAUCAGUAGGUUGAUUAUCCUAAAUAAGACACUACCUGUUUUAGAUUUGUGUGACUUACUCUUGGGUUAGGGUUCUUCAAGCUACUUCACAAGUCAUCUGUCUUUUGCAGUUUACCCUAAUAACAAACACCUUUUGUUUCACCGCCUUUCUGCAAUCCCCCUUAAUACUCUCCAUUGUUCUUCAGCUUCACCACAUCACUUUCAUGUCUUUGUCCUCCUGUCCUCUGUUUACAUAUCUCACAUAUUUAUAGUCCAGUCUGUGAUGCUAAAAUAUCCAAAAUGGUCAUUACUUUUAAAAACAGUUAAAGCUUCAAAUCAAAUCAAAUCAAAAAAAAUUUUCGCAUCAUCACGUCAGUCAUUAAUUCAUCUUACAACAAUAUUCACAGUCACCUUCCGUGUGAAAACGGGGGAUGGAAGUAGAAAAGUUAAAGCUUUAAAGGAGUAUGCCUGUUUUUUGUUGUUGGUUUUUUACACUUUUUUUGCACAAUUAAUGUAACAAACUGGGUACAGCCUGAAAAGCACUUUUGACAUAAAACAAAACAAAAAUAAGCUUCAAUCCUCUUCGUUUCAUUUCCUAUCAGGUUUUCCUAACAGCAGAUUCUGAACCAAAAUACAAUUUGGAUUUUUCAUCUCAACAAUAAUUUCUUUAUCAGUAAGUAAAAUAAAACCUUCCAGGACGCCUCGGCUCUAAUUAGUGGUUGGUUCUCGUAGAAUUUGCCUGAGGUUAACAUAAAUCAGACAGGAGACCCGAAGAGUGAUGACUGCAUAUUAUUUGUUAAAACGGCUUAAAGGGAUUUUCUGGUUCCACAUUUUCAAAUAAAAUUUCUAACCUUAAAUUUCUUUCAACUUUAAUCAUCUUAUUUCUUUAGUACUUGCUCUACUGUUUCCCUUCUCAGCUCUUAUGAAAUCCAAUCAUUUGCUGCAGGAGUUUUCUUACAUUUAGGGACCUGUGUUCUUAUUUGUGUCAUUCCCUCUUCCUCCUCCUGUUUCCCGUCGAGCAUCGUUGAUUAAAAGCUCAACAGGACACUACAUUACAAACAAAUCUACCUAGAGGCUAGUAAAGGUCCACAAACAAGACCACUUUCUAAGCAGAAUCUAGCUUUUUGUUUUUAUUUCAAGACAUUUUUUCUUAUUUCUGAUCCAUUUGAAUUGUUUUGGUAAAUGCGAUAAACUACCACCAUCAAGCUACUUCACUUCAUUAAAAAAAACAGAACCUAUGUUAAUCUCAAACAGCACAUGAUGUCUGUACGUUUUUCUAUUUGUAAAAUGUUUCUGCUGCUUAAAUAGCGUAUGGCUUUGGGGAGGGGGUUUCAUAAGACUUUUUGGUCUUCUUAACCUCUCCUGCACAGUUGUUCUUUACACUGUGCUUUAUUGAUGAUGUUUUAUGUGCAAAUAAACAAAAUAAAAAUGAUUUAACCAGAACAGAAACAGAUGACAGCAGAUGUCUGGCCAACACGUUUUCUGCUCUGUGCAAAAAUAAACAAGUGUGAUUUUAAACUCUU